GCCGCGCUGGGGCCGGGCUGGCGCGCGGCUGCGGGAGCGAGAGAUCUGACCCAGGAUGGCGGGCGCAAGCGCGGCUGGGGCCACCGAGGGGCGCGAGGAUGCGAGGGGAGGCAGGAGAUUCAAAGGCAGCCCUGCCGAGGCGAGCCCGCAGUUCCGCGGCCCGGACUCGCCCGCUCGCGCUCUCCCGCUUUCCACCUUGCCGAGAGCCCGGAAAGUGAAGUCCACAGGCCACGGUUGCGCCGAUAGGCGAAGCGCCGCGGCCGGAACCGGCGCGGGUCUUGGCUGCCCCUCGGGGCGUGUCGGGGUAGGAGGAAGGUCAGCCCGACCCGGACGCGAGCCGCACCCCACUUCCUUCGGGCCACUGGGAGCUGCCGCCCAGAGACGCGCCCGCGGUCCCCGCACGCGGCGGCCAGCCACUGUGCGCCGGUCGCUGACAAAGGUGUACUUUGUUUCCUCCGAGGGCGCGAAGGGGUCUGCGAGUCUGCGGCGGGUCGGCGCCGGGGACCGCGGUGGUAGCCGCGCAGCCCAAGCGCCCCCCUGUGGCGGCGGCGGCGGCGGCGGCGGCGGCGAGUCCGCUCGGGCCGCGCCUCCAGCGCCCGGGACCUCCCGCGCCGGCACCACCGAGACUUGGAGCAUCCGGGCGUGGGAAACGGCUCGUUUUGUUACUAAACUGCCUUUCACACGCGAGGCCCGCAAAUCAACGAUCCUCAUUACAACCAAACUCAUCAUUUUUAAAAAUGCAGACUGAAUCGUCUGAGUCGCCUGUGGGGAGCAUUAAUGAGUAACUGCGCUGAGCCGGUUGAUGGAAAUGCGUUUUCAAAUUCCGGGUUUAUUUAUUUUGGGGCUCUUAGCGCCUUUCCACUGUAUGCUCAGAACAUCAGUCUCCGGAUCUGCACUCAGCCUCUCUUCUUGCUUCCUUUGAAGGCCCCACUCCUGGGAAAUAGGGUCUGCGAUGAGCAUUCUCCGGGCUGAGGGAGGGGUGGCCUGGCCCCAAGAACAAUGAAGCCUUUGCCUCCUCUGCAUCCUGCGGGCGGGAUAUCCACUGAGAAGCCGGCUCUGGGCCUUCUAUGCCCUAAAGGAGGAAACUUUAUGUCUCCAGGGCUGCCAGGAAGUGGCAGGGCGGCACCGAGAGAAACGGAGAACAAUUAUUAUGCUCUGGAGAAUAUAAAGAAAUUAUUGGCCUUUCCAGGCAUUGGAAACAGGAACGGUUGCUGAUUCUGUCAGCACAGGACUGCCUUUGUUCCUAAUAGAGUAUACCCAGUAUACCCACCACCAUCACUUCCUAGUGUCUUGGUUUGGGUCAGUGGGUCUUGGAGCUGGGCUUCACCUACCUAAUGGGGGCAAUAUAGUUACUUGUCAGAAGGCAGGGAGCUGAGCAGAUGACUUCUUAGGCAUCUUCCGCUCCAAGAUUAAUUUUUCUAAACAACUCAGGCUUGUGUUAAUGCACAUGUCCAGAGCCCUAAUUUACAAUGAAAGGGUAUCUCUCAGAGAAUCCUAAAUGCUGGCAGCAUCUCAAAGCUCACCGUCUGCCAUGAUCAUUUGCAUUUGCUGGUUGCCAAAGCCCUGAUGCAACCCAAAGUUUAUUUGGCUGACUUAAAAAAAAAAAAGUUUGAAUGCCUUUAGAUGGCUUAUGCUCCACAGCAGCCUCCUCAAACUUUCAUGUGCAUACAGUUCACCUUGGGAUCUUGUGAAAAUUCAGAUUCUGUUAUAGUGGUGUGAGGUGGGUCCUGAGAGUCUGCUGUCUAACUCCAAGGUUCUGCCAAUCCUGCUGAUCAGUGGACCACAUUUUGAGUAGCAAAGCUGUACAGUUAACCAUAAUUCCCCACCACUCUCUGUUGUCUUGAUACCCAGCCCAAGUCCCCAGUGAGUUUAUAGACUUUUGAGUUUGCAACCCUGGAUAAUCCCCACCUGUCCCCGCCUCAUUUUACAGAUGUGAUACAGGCCCAGAGAGAAAAAGUGAAUUCUAUGCAGUCAUUUCAGUAAGUGAAAACCUACCUACUUCUUUCUUUGCUACAUGAUAUGUCCUGCCUACAAAAUAAAUGACUUUACAUCAAGGAUCUGUGCUUCUGAGGAAAUUAGGACAUUCCAAUGCAAGAAUGGAAUGAUGAUGGCUAGAUUUACUGGACAUCAACAGUGGGCCAGGUCCUGUGCCAAGUGCAUUAGUUAGAUUAUUUCAUUGAACACAACAUCCAUGUGAGGUAGAGAACAUAGCCCCAUUUUAUAGAUAAAGUCACCAGGUUAGGAGAGGUUUUAUAACUUGCCUAAGACCACACAACUAAUAAUAAGAAAUUUGGGAUUUGAACCUAGCAGUCUGACUCACAGUCUAUGCACGUAAUUUCUGGCUAGCUCAGGCUAGCCAGCAGAACUUGGUUGCGAUUGUUCUGUUUGGCUGCCAAAGUGAACUUAAAUUAUAUUGUAAAAAGCAAAGCUGGCAGUUGGCUAAAUGAUUAAGACUUAAGGGAGUUUUCCAUUCCAGUCCGUAAUUGCACCAUUAUAGCUUCAUUCCUUUCAAUUAACUACUUAACACCUUGCAGACCUCUUGACAAAUUGGUUUGAUUCAAGGAAGAACAGUCUAUUAAAUAUCAAUAGGUAAGUAGGGAAUCUUGCUGGCUGAGAGCAAGAAUGGAAAUCCAAACGGUGUGAGGAGAGCAAGAAUGGAAAUCCAAACGGUGUGAGUUUGAGCAGGAUGGGAAUAUGCCAAAGACCAAUACUUCCAAAUCCAUUCAGGAACAGCUGAGCUGGAAAUGCAAAAGAAACAGGAAAUCUUAUCAUCUGUUGGCACCUGUAUUGCAUGGAUAAAGCUGCUCAGAGUUCUUUGUGGAGCUGGAGUUUUCAUCCCUUUCCUGGCCUCGCAGCUUUCUGAUCACCAGGAAACAGCUGGAGACAGUGCUUUCAUUCUCCCAUUUGUUUUCUCCUUCAGAGUUUACCUUUAUGUUGCAAGCACUGUAAGGAAGGCAAAGGUAAUUUCGCUGGAGUGCUUGCCACUAGGAAGGAAAGCAACCUGGGAGGCAUAAACCAAGAUAAAAGGAAUGAGGGUCAUUAUGGACAAAUACACAAAGGACUUUGGAAACAGAAAGGAAGAAGUUACUAAAGGCUCCCAGGAAAAUUCCAAGAGAGGAGAUCUGAGAGCUGAGGGGGUUGCAGGCAUGAGGUUUCCAGUUACAUCCCUCCUUCUGAGAAGUCCCUUCCUCAGUGGGCCCAGUGGUUGACGUUAACGUGUUUGCCAUGCUGUAGACCACCUAUAGGGGAAAUUCAUCGAUUUACUUACUAUUUUUCAUUAAAGUCUAGUCACUUUCGAAAACUAUUCAUCUUAACCAAUAUUUGUGAAAUGUGAGAAGUAGUAGAAAUAUCACACUUUGGAAAAGACUGACCUCCAAGUAAUGCAUGGGGUCUUAGCAGCCUUUGGUUUCAAGAUGAAACAGCUGAUCUUAACAAAUCUUUUGGGAGGCUUCACCCUGGUGUUGCCAGGUGACUGUGACCAAAGACAUCUAAACACUCAGCUUGGUAACAAGUCUUUAUAGGGUCAUCUGCUGGGUUCUUAGCUGUACGUUCAGAAAAGGAUUCUUGCUGAAACACCCAUAAUUGCUGAUGGUCCCAACCUCACUUUCUCCAUUCUUAGCAACACAGCAGUUUAACAUGGUCUUCAGUGAGAAGGAAAGGCCUCCUUCCCGAUCCCAUGUUCAGUUAAGAAGGUCCCCACAGUAGACUUAUUUGGGCCCUGAAUUGCAACACAGUUGUUACCUCCGUUGUGUACAGAAGAAACUGAACCUAGGAAAAUUAGGUCUCUUGCCCAAAGUCAGCUGGUAAGUGGUGGGAGGCUAUUUAGGUAAGUGUCUGCCUUUCCUACUCAAAGGCCUGAAAUGUAUCGUUUUCAUCUUUCAGUUCCCUUCUCUCUAAAACCUAGUAAUAAGCACCUUACACACACUAAGCAUUUGGCAAUAUUUGCUGACUUGGAGCAAAUAUGGCAUGGCUCAGCCCCACCUAGGCCUCUAGGUGCUAAUAUUCCAUACUAAUUAACUACCAAAUGCCCAUAUCCCUGCCCCAAGAUUAGAAAGGGAAAGCAGGCCUCGUAUGAGAGGCCAACAUAACAGAAAGCCCCAGGUAAUUUCUUGGUCCCAGAAACUUAAGCUCUCUGACUGUUCCUCUAACCUCAAAUCUAGCUGUCUUCUGCAGUCAGCCCAGUAGCUAAACUGAUCACACAAUUAAAAAAAAAUUAGCAGACCAAUUUCAUUCACUUUUCAGACUAAGUGAAACACAAGAUAUUUACCUAAAAAAUGGCACAUGGAAAGCUGGGCAUUUUUUGUUUGGUGCAGGGCUGGGCAAUCAUUUACAUGGAGGAAAAUGUUCAAAUAGUGAAAUUGCACAGCAAAAGUAAAACAAUUCAGAGUGAGAGAACAAAAAAUAGCCCCUUCUCUAGUAAGCUACUUAAAAAACAAUGAUUUUUCUAUUAAUAUGGGUAAGGAAAGAAUCUAAACCAUUACUUACAGUCUUUUUAUGACUAGCAUCUAUCAGGCAAUGACAUGACCACAGCCAGGUUCAUUUGUUUGAGCCUGGUAAUCCACAAUGGAGAUGUGGAUACAAUCUUGACAAUAAAGGUAGAAUUGCUUCUUGAAGAGAAGGAGGACAUGAGAUGAAUUGAAUGUAAUGUGGAGCCCUCCAAAAUGCAAUUUUGGAGCUCUUAAAACCAGAUGACUCAUAGGUGAGAUGGGCUCCAGCAGUUUUGACCUUAAUGCUGCAAUAACAUAAACUUUCUCUUGCUCCAGAGACUAUGGGCCUAAUUAUCUUUGGGACCUUAGUAUGAAACUUUUACUGUCCUAAGAAAGGCCAUUGCAGCUGUGUGAAUAUUUCACUAAAAGUAGAGUAUACUUGCUCCCUCCUUGAAGUCUCAGCUAGCCACUUACAUGCUAAAUGGACUCAAAAAAUACUUGGAGUUUUAAAAAUGUAAUGCUUGCACAGAUUGCUUUUCUGACAAUUACAUUAAAUAGAAUAUAGUAUCUAAUUCACCCAACAGAUUUGGAGCAGUGUCAUUCCCUCCUGUAGAAGCAAUGGGUUAUCAUGGCAUAGAAAUGAACUCAUGAAGGAACCUCAUUCCACAAACUGUCAUAAUCUGUUCUGUAGAGAGAGGACGCCAUCUAGCAUGGACUCCAGAGUGCUGCAACCAGCCCCCAAAUGGCAAAAGGAAGUCUCAGGUUCCAUGCUUUGUGGUCUGAAGUGAGUUCAUGAGUGUGUUGCUAUAUAAUGCAAAUAGUUCCUCUGUGCUACAAAAGGAAUUCUGCUUGUAAAGUGGUUAUUAGCUCAUAGCACAUUUCCAUUAUUUAUUCUCAAGCUGCAUACCCAUCAUGUGCUCCAGGAUCCAAUGGGGAUUCCAAAAAAUUCCCUCCUCUCCAGACUGAAUCUGGCUCUCUGUGCUUCGUGGGAAGUUUAGCUCAUCCUUCUUAAGGAGAUAGGAUAUUCAUUCCAUUGAAUGCUGGACCAUAACUUCUUUAAUUAGUCAUCCACUGAUGAACAUAUUUAUUAUUACCCACCUUUUGCCAUAGCAUUGAGAUAAUGACUUUUUAAAGACUUAUGAGCAUUUGGGUUCUUUUGGUCAACUACCUUUUGAAUUUAAAUACAGUAAAAUAAAAUUCACUUCUUUUGGUGUUCUGUGAAUUUGGACAAAUGCCUAAACUUACAUAAUCACCAACACAACCAAGACAUGGAAUAGUUCUAUCACCCCUGAUUUUCUAACAUUCAUUUUUUUAUUCCUUAAAAAAAAAACCCUGUAUUCCUAAAGAAGUUAAACAUAAUUAACACUUUACCCAGCAAUUCCAUUCCGAAGAAUAUAUCCAAAAGAACUGAAAACGUUUCCACACAAAACUUGUAUACGAUGUCCAUAGUAGCAUUAUUAUAGUCAAAAGGUGGAAACAAUCCAAAUGUCCAUCAAAUUGUGAUAUAUCCAUACACUAGAAUAUUAUUCAAUCAUAAAAAGGCAUGCAGUACAAGGCUAUAAGGUAGAUGAACCUCAAGAACAUUUUGCUGAGUGAAAGAAGCCAGAGACAAGAGGACAAAUACUACAUAAUUUCAUUUAUGUGAAAUAUCCAGAAAAUUCAAAGAUUGUACUGCCAGGACCUGUCAGGAGCUGGGGUAGGAAGAACGAGGGCAACUGCUUAAUGGAGACCAGGUUUUAUUUUAGGGUGAUGAAAAUGGUUUGGAACUAGAUGAAUGUGGUGUUUCUCCAACAUUGUGAACGUACUAAAUGCCACUGAACUGUACACUUAAAAAUGGUUGAUUUUAUGUUAUGUGAAUUCUACCUCAAUAAAAGAAAAGAUUUUAAUCCAAGUAAUAGUUGAGGAAUGCUUGGAUUACACAAAGUAAUGAAUUAAUAUUAAUGUGCUGAACAACAAUUUACAAACUACUUGAUAAGUAUUACUAUUCUAAUUUUAUAGAUAAGGAAAUUAAAGGCCAGAGAAAUCAGACCCCUAACCAGAAAGUUGGAGCUGGGACUCCAAAACCAGUCUCUGAUUCCACACACAGCUCUUGUUUGCAUUCUACUGCAUGGUCUUCUCAAAUGUCAGGGAAGUUGUAGCAUUUUUAUGAAGUGGCCCCAAUCUUGCAGGGAAGAGAGAGUACAGCAGGAGGCCUAGUCCAGGGCUGUCGAUGAGUGGACGGAGGGAGAGCAGAGAAGAGGAGGAAGAGAUCAAAUGGAGGACGAACAGAGGCCUGGAGCACUGCAUGCUGAAAGAAAUCCUUCUGGGGUGGUGGAGUGGGGGGCAGACAACGGGGAAACGGCCUGCCUUACAUCGGGGUGUGCUGGAAUUCCACUAAAGGAAAGAUGCUUCCCGCCAUGAUAAGCACCGCCAUUAGGAAAUUCCAAACUAGGAGCUGGGCCACCCCACGAGCUAGAGGGCUGCUCUGCAUGCCCUCAUCCUCCCUCCUCUUUGAAAGAUAUUUGUUCCCAUUUGGGGGGGACCAAAGACAGGACGAAAACUGAAGAGCGUCUUUAUUUCAAGUACACUCUCCCGUCCUACCCAUACUCAGCCUCUCACCCACUGGCCCCAGCAGAUCAAGCUCUUGGGGGAAUGAAAUGUGCCUUCUCCGCGCUCAUGAUUCGGGGCCCUUCACCGAAGGCGCUUUAACAGAGCAGAGAGGUGGAGCCCAUCAUAAGCCUCUGAAAACUGAGGUUUAGUGUUUAUGUUACAUGCUUUAUGACUUGGUGUCUGUUGAUGACCAAAAGGGGUCACAAUUCAGGCAAAGAGCAUUUUUCUGUUAUUAUAGUAAGGGUGAAG